CUGGAAAUCAUCAUUUUGCAACAGUCGAAUAUCAACAUAAACACAUACAGUAACAGAUGCUGGUUGAAUAGUCUGCCUUUCGAUAUAUUGGUGAAAUUGAAACAAAAACAUUUUUUGUGAGAACCUGGAAUUACAAUUUGUAGGAGGAUAAAAUGCGACUAAAAUCAUAUCAGAAGGAUCCCUCUCAGAACUACAGCGCCGAAGAACUUCUGGCAAUGGAAAUAACCGAAGACCUCCUCUACAUCACGAUUAUAACUUUACUUAUUGUUGCAUUGAUCGUACUACUCUCCGAUUUAUACUUGAUAGCGAUUAUCGUUAGAUUUAAGAAGCUCAGAACGCGUCUCAAUAUAUUUAUUGUGUCCUAUGCAGUCGCUCAUAUCAACAGUCUCUUGAUAGACAUUCUGUAUGUUGGUCUGGCAGGCUUUGCCAUGUCUUUCAUCUAUUACAGUCUAACUCUCUUGGCCAUCGAUUGGUAUGUUCGAAGCUACCAUCAAAUGUUUUUCAAUCAAUAUGGCACAGUAUUUAUUGUCGGCAUUGGGAUGGGAUUUUUAGCAACUUCAAUAAUAAGUACGCUGUUAAUUAUGUUUCUCAGCACUGAUAACUUAAAACCAUCGGAUCUUUGUGAGUUGGUUUCUUUCGUCUUUUCCUGUACAAUUUUACUAGGUAUCUCAAUUCUAAGGCGGAUAAAACAGCCGGUUAUAAACAUCGGCAAAACAGUGUACGCAAUCACUGUUCCUCAAGUACUCUUUUUCAUAUCCGCUAUAACUUACAUUCUCCAAUUUGCUAUAUCAUUUUUAUCCCGUAGUGCCCAUAUGGAGUUUAUCAUCAUUCUUCAAGCUCUAAAUGGCUGCGUGAUAAUAACUGAAACCUUAGUUAUGUUGUUCCUGUUGUCCAAACUCAAUAAGCACUUUAAAAUGGCCCAUCGCCGAUGUUUCAAGCAAAGCGGACCGAAUGAUUACUCUGAUGAUGAUUUGGAUAGUAUUUCACAUAGUGAAGUUCCCGAAAGUAAUAUUGCAUUUAAUAGAAAUGCAGAAUUAGUUGAAAUGCAGAUCUGAAUCCAGCUUUAGUGAUAGUUUGGUUUGAAGGAGGUGUUAGAAUGUGCGCAGAUUGCUUAAAAAAUAGGUUUAAGUUGUUAUGAGGAAAUAUACAUGUUGCUCCAUAA